UAUCAUGUCCUUUUUAAUGGGACUUCAAGAUUCUUAUUCUCAGGUCAGAGGUAACAUACUGCUUAUGGACCCUUUGCCAUCCUUGAGCAGGGUUUUUAACCUUGUUACUCAAGAGGAACACCAACGCAGCACCAUAACUAUAACACCUCAAUCUGAUCCUACCUCCAACCCUUCAAUGGCCUUUGUAAUUUCAGGUUCUCAAAACUCAAACCACAAACAAGGGCCUAAUAUUCCUCGGUCAUACCCACCUCGCAAGAACCGUCCAUUUUGUACUCACUGCAAUAUACAUGGACACACUAUUGAGAAAUGUUACAAGAUCCAUGGUUACCCUCCCGGUUAUAACAAACCUCGGAAUACCACCUUAACUCCUGCUUCCGCAAAUCAAGUCCAAUGUUCUGAAACUCCUGCUACUGUUAAUGGUGAGAGCACCACAUUUCUCCCUCAAUUGAAUGCUGUACAAUAUCAACAACUACUGAAUCUUCUAGCUAAUCAAUAUUCGGGUAUUGCUCCUUCUAACUCAACUACUUCAGAUGACACCCCAGGAACCUCUAACCAAGAGGGUGAUUGGCAAGGGUAACUCUGCGCAUGGCUUAUAUUUUUUGGACAUAAACCUCAACUCUUCUGUUCCUACUGUGAAUUCUGUUUCUGCCGAUAUAUGGCAUUCUAGAUUAGGACAUUUAUCUUCCAAAUGCCUAGAUAUUAUUAGUUCUACUUUACCAUGUAAUACUGCUACUCUACAUAAAAAUUCAGCAUGUUUCAUUUGUCCUAAAGCUAAACAAAGGCGUUUGUCUUUUCCUUCUAAUAAUCACUUUGUUAAUGCUA